UCGGCUGUCAAAAAAAACUAUCACCUACAAAUAUAUCAACCAAAAGUAUAUAUCGAUAGAUUGGUAUAGUUAUGACGUUAGGAAACGCUGGACGAAUUGCUGUUUGUUGGGGAAUUCUAACCGCUGGUGGAGUGUACGCUUUUGUGCUGUCCAAGCAAUCCGUUGAUAGCCGGCGUUACGAGAGCAUGCGAGUGCGUGAACGCAUGAGAAAAGCAAACCACGGCGACUACAACUACUCUGCUUCUUCUGACAGGCGUUUUGACUAAGGUCGAAAAUAUUUAGUUAACCAUCAAUUAAAAGCAGCACUACACACCAUGGAUAUGUCCCAGAUCAGCCCGGCCGACCAGGCCAAAGUACAGCUCAUGCAA